GGGGGCUGGGCCUCUUCUUCUCCUCCUUCCCCAGCUGGGAGGGAGAGGGAGGCUGAUGAUGGGGGGCUGCAGGGUGCAGUGGCUGCUGCUCUUGCUGUGCCUCUGGGGCAGCCUCCCCAGAGAGAGCCAGGGCUUCCGGAAGAGAGGACCCACCGUGACCGCCAAGGUAUUUUUUGACAUACAGAUUGGUGGCAAAGAUGCUGGCAGAAUCGUAAUUGGUUUGUUUGGAAAAGUAGUACCAAAGACAGUAGAAAACUUCAUUAAACUUGCAACUGGAGAAAAAGGAUUUGGCUACAAAGGAAGUACAUUUCAUCGUGUGAUCAAAGAUUUUAUGAUUCAAGGAGGUGACUUUACAGCUGGAGAUGGAACUGGAGGUAACGUUGGUUUCUUUAUACAUAGAAUGCAUAAAAUAUAAAAAACAUGCAGAAUU